GUCAAAAGUGUAUCAUCCUCUGAGAAAAACAUCAGUCGAUGUGAAACGCGCGUAUAUGAACAUGUUAAAUCGAACGAUCCUGCUGGUGUUAGCCGCGAUUUCGCUGACCAGCCGAGCGAAGGAUUGCAAUCCGAACUAUUUGCAACGUUCCAUUUACUUCAACAGCGUCAAAGAAAAUUUCAAUUACUAUCCGUGGCACACGUACCAAGCUCCCGAAGGGAAAGUGAAGUAUUUCCAAGCCAGAGGUCCGCAACACAUACCCCAAAUAUGCAAAGAAGCCAUCGUUUACAACACCGUGCAAGAGGUAAUUCUAUACAAAAUCGAAUUGGAAUACAUCGAGCCGGGCUUCUUUCACAGCAGGUUCAUCGAGCAGGUUUAUAUACAGUACAACAAAUUAAAACGCAUACCGAUCGGCGUGUUCAACGGAACGCAAAUAAGGAGCUUAGUUUUGGCCGAUAACGAGAUUGAGUUCAUAGAGAACGGGGCUUUCUCCGACAUGCCCCAUUUGGAAGCCAUCGCGUUAGAUUACAACAAAAUCAAAGCGUUCAACCCCGACUGGUUCGAGGGGGCGAAGGUGCUUUACGAAGUAUCCUGCAUUCACAACGAAAUAACCGAAUUACCAUACGCUACGACCAGGUACAUGACGGAGUCGCUGGAUAAAUUGGGCUACGAAUAUUUCGGGUCGAUUUAUUUCGAUAACAAUAAAAUCAGACACGUGCACGAGGAGGCCUUUAGGAACUUAAAGAACUUCGGAACGAUCAGUUUGAGCAACAACGAGAUUUUGAACAUACCGGAGAAGCUGUUCAGGGGAUUCGAAUUCCUGUUGACGCUGUACAUGAACACCAAUUCGUUCGUUUGCUUCAACAACAGAACGAUCCAGAGUUUCACCGGCGUCAAAAAAUUAUUUUUGGGUAAUAAUAGCAUGAACAAAGAUUGCUUGGAGAGAUUGAAGACGUAUUUCGAUUGGAAGAACGAUUUGGUUUAUUAUUGAUGUACAGUUUCAGUUUUCCUAAAUAAACAACUUACAGUAAACAUUUCG